CGCCUCUCUUGUUUCUCUCUCAUCUCCCUAUGUAGCUGCCUCAUCUCUCUCCCAUCUAUUACCUCUCUCUCUCCUUCUCAGCUGCACCCUCUCAAUCGUAAUUUCCAAGUAGAAAAAUAGAAUAAAGGGAGAAAAAAAUUGAGGUGUUGAUUGGGAAGAAAUGGUGAGGUCUUUAUUUUUUAUUCUUCUACUGCUCUAUGGAGUGUCGGCUCAAAAAUCUCAACAAAAGUGGUUGACACUUAGUGGUGAUGCUCCACUAGUAAUAGCACGUGGUGGAUAUUCAGGGCUCUUUCCAGAAUCUAGUCAAUUUGCAUAUCAAUUCGCUAUAUCAACAAGCUUAUCCAACGUUGUUUUGUUUUGUGAUCUGCAAUUAACAAAAGAUGGUGCCGGUAUAUGCCGAACAAACCUGAAGCUUGAUAAUUCGACAAAUAUAGCACUUAUUUAUCCAAAGGGAGAGAAAAAAUACGCUGUGAAUGGUGAAUUAGUUAGUGGGUGGUUUUCGAUUGACUAUACAGCAGAACAAUUGUUCACCAAUGUCUCAUUGAUUCAAAACGUUUUUUCUCGUCCAAGUUUGUUCGAUGAUACCCUGCCAAUGUCAAUGGUUGAAGAUGUAACAGGGCUUCGACCACCUCGAUUUUGGUUGAAUGUUCAGUAUGACAUGUUCUUCAAGCAACAUGACUUGGAUGUGGAAGCAUUUGUAUUAGAUGCAUCGAGACGUAUGAGUAUUCAUUACAUUUCUUCACCUGAAAUCAGUUUCUUAAAGGGUCUAAAUGGAAAGCUUACGAAAGACAAGACCAAGCUCAUCUUUCGAUUUCUAGAUGUUGACGCAUUCGAACCGUCAACUAAGAAAAAGUAUAGUGACAUUUUGAAAGAUCUUUCAUCUAUCAAAUCAUUUGCUUCUGGAAUUCUUAUUCCCAAGAACUACGUCUGGCCCAUUGGUGUUGAUCGGUAUUUACAGUCUCAUACCACUAUCGUAACAGAUGCUCAAAAAGUAGGACUCGAAGUUUAUGCAUCUGGUUUUGCAAAUGACAUCCCUGGAAGCUAUAAUUACAGUUAUGACCCUACUACCGAAUACUUACAAUUCAUUGAUAACUCUCACUUCUCCGUAGAUGGUGUGCUUACUGACUUUCCUUCAACUGCAUCAGAGGCAAUAGCUUGCUUAGCAAAUAACAAGAACAACACUCUACCAACCAAAGGGAGACCAUUGAUUAUAACACACAAUGGAGCAAGUGGAGUCUUCCCAGGUUGCACUGAUCUUGCUUAUCAGCAAGCAAUCGAUGAUGGAGCUGAUAUAAUAGAUUGCUCAGUCCAAAUGACAAAAGAUGGAGUAGCAUUCUGCUUGGAUUCAGCAGACCUCAUAGGUGAUACAACGGCAGUCGCAACUUUUAUGACUCGAUCUGCUUCAAUCUCAGAGAUCCAAAAGGACAAGGGAAUUUUCUCAUUCGACCUCACAUGGAGCGAGAUUCAAAGCUUGAAGCCUGAACUAGCGAGCCCAGGAGCAGAAGCUGGCAUUCUACGAAACCCGGCAUCAAAGAACCAGGGAAAAUUCAUGACACUCGCUGACUUCCUCAAUUUUGCAAAGGAUAAGGCCGUUCCUGGAAUCUUGAUCAAUAUACAGAAUGCUGCCUACCUAGCUUCAAAGAAAGGUCUUGGCAUUAUUAAUGCAGUCACAAGUGCCUUGAGCAAGGCCGGAUAUGAGAAAGAGACUACACAACAAGUUUUAAUUCAAUCAGAUGAUAGUUCAGUUCUUUUGGCAUUCAAGCAAUUUACGAAUUACAAGCGAGUUCUCUUGGUUCCAGAGAUAAUUAGUAACAUUCCUAAACCAACGGUUAAGGAAAUUAAGGAAUUUGCGGAUGCAGUUACCCUCCCUAGAGCUUCAAUUGUAUCAUAUUCAGGCUCAUUCGUAUCUGGUUUCACCGACGUUGUCAGUAAUAUGCAUGCUGCAAAUAUUUCUGUCUAUGUAUCGACACUGAGGAAUGAAUAUAUAUCAAUAGCAUUUGACUUUUUCUCUGAUCCAAUGGUGGAGAUUUGCACUUAUGCCAUGGGAAUUGGCAUUGAUGGGAUUGUAGUGGAAUUUCCAAGGACAGCAAGCACAUACUUGAGGAGCCCAUGUUUCAACCCCAGUGACAACGUGGCAUACUCCAUCUUACCCGCAGAACCUGGUUCUUUGCUUUCUUUGGCCCCACCAGAGGUGUUGCCACCUACAGAACCACCAGCACCAUCACUUACUAUUGCCGAUGUUGAAGACCCACCAUUACCGCCAGUUAUAAACCCUACGACUCCACCGGUUGCCAGUCCAACUAAUACACUAAGUGGCCAACCAUCAAAUAAUUCUAUUAAUUUGGUCUUAUGCUUAGCGUUGGUGGGCCUAAGCUUCAUGUCUUUAAGCUACCACUGAUUGGAAUGGAGUGCAUGGAGUUGUAAUUAUUACUUUAAUGC